AGUUAUUUACUGUUUUAUCGACGAUAUUGUGCAAAGCAGAACCGCCCAUAUGUUAAAAGCCAAAACUAAAUAUGAUUUGCAGCGUACGGAUAGUAGCUUUGUGGCUUUUGUUUAGCGCUAAAGCGUCAUUCGGUUAUUCAUCCACUGACGAAAUUCUUGAUCAACUAGCAGAUGGCAUGAACCUUGAUGAGUACUUUAGUUCUGCAUUUAAAGGGGAUUUUCUGAAUAGUCUCAAGCUACCAAAGAUAGACUUAACAUCUGGCAGUUCUGUUUAUGGAUCGGGUGAAUUUUCCUUGUUCGAAAAUGACACAGAAGAAAUGGGAAAUCAGUUAAUUAUGGAUAUGAUUUUCAGGUCUCAUUUAUUUGAAAGUAAUAUCACAGAUAAAACUGACUUAUGGACAAAAUGGUUGUUAAAUGGCGGAAAUAAAUGGAUAGAAAGUAUGAUAUACGACUCAACUAAAGAUAGAUUGAGAAAAUCAAAUUAUCCAGAAGACGAUGAAGAUGUUUACUAUAAUGACGAAAUGAAACCAUACUCUGAUAUCAUUGGCCAGAUAAACGAAAUUCUAAGGAAAAAUCGAAAUGCCACAUUUAGUGUGGUGAAUGGACAAAUCAUAAUGGAAGAAUCGAUGGAAGAUGACAAAAAUCAGGAAAAGAUAAUAAAAAUCUGCAGCAUUCCGAUAGAGAGCUUUUCAGAUAUUGAAAACAUUACAGAAAACAUGACAAUGGACACUAAAAACAAGUUAAAAAAUUUGUUCCAAGAUUAUUUUAGCGGAAAUAUAUCUGGAGAUAAAUUUAGAGCUAAACUAAUGAAAACAGGAUUAUUUGAUAAUGGUACAAUGUGUGACAACGGUAUUUCUACCACGACUGCGAUUCUUCCCACAACGAUUUCAAUGCGUAAUGUGGAAAUAGCACAAAUUAGAAUGAUAGUAGAUGAAGGGUAUUUGGACGAGACUGUAAUCCGUGAUGUUGGGGAGGGGAAAACGACAAUGGAAGAGGUGCGAGUCAAAUUAAUGAGAAAUCGAACAUUUGUUCUUUCUCGUUUUCCACCCAAGAUAGAAGAAAUGUUAAAAGCUGAUAGAAUUCCAGAUGAAAUGGUUGUAGUCAUGUUUUCUGGUAACAUGACGAUGGAAGAGCUACGUAUUUACAUUUAUCAAAACGACGAUAUUUCCAAAGCUCUUCUUCCGGAGCGCCUUCGAGAUAUUCUUGAAACGAGACUCCCGCCACAAGAACUAAAAGACAUAUUAUUAGACGCCGAUAAUGCUUCUCAUGUAAUGAUACAAGUAAUGUCAAACGAAACUUUGCUUCAAGAAAUGAUGUCAGAGAGUAUGUACUAUUUCUACACGCUUUUCAAAGUUCCACGAAACGUUGCCCUCAAUAUGGCUCUCAGUGGAACUACUAUCGUCGCACUCUGCAGCGUUAUGACGUCAUUAGGAUGUACAAUGACUGUAACUGAAAUUAUGAAGCAUGUAAAGAGACCGAAAGGUGUCAUUAUCGCUCUCAUUUCGCAGUAUGGAAUUAUGCCUUUGGGUGCAUUUGCAUUGACUCGGGCGUUCAAUCUCGAUGUUUAUCCUGCAAUUGCAGUUCUAAUAUGCGGGUGUUGCCCAGGAGGAAACCUGUCUAACAUGCUGGCAUUUGCUAUCAAUGGUGACAUGAAUCUAAGUAUUCUUAUGACAACAUGUUCAUCCGUACUUGGACUUGGAAUGAUGCCAUUUUUACUUUUCUGCUACUCUCGAUAUAUAAUACCGAUUGACAGCAGCGAGAUAGUUCCGUUUGAUAAAAUUAUUUUGAACGUAGCUCUGACGAUCGUACCAGUCAGUGUUGGGAUUGCAAUCAAACAUUAUCGCCCUAAAUGGACAGUACAUGUUAUGCGGUUUGGAGCUGUAAUGCUUGUCAUCUGUAGUAUCACCUUUGCUAUUCUCGCUGGUCUGCUUCUUGGUGACAAAUUCUUUUAUUUCUUUCCGACUGAAGUUGUCUAUUGUGCAGCCAUACUACCAAUGACAGGAUAUAUUUUUGGAUUUUGUUUUGCUCGCCUUUUUCGAGAAAAUCAAAAAUCAUGUCGGACAAUAUGUGUGGAAACGGGAUGUCAAAAUGUACAAUUGUGUGGAACGGUGUUAAAGCUUGCAUUUGAUCCUAUUCUCGUUGGCGUCAUGAUAUUGUUGCCCAUCAUAUACAUGGCCUUUCAGGCAUUCGAAGCUCUUCUUCUGAUCACUUUAUAUCGAAUUUAUCAGAGGUUUUGUGGAAAGAAAAACUCUGAGACACCAGACAUUGAAUUUGAGGACGAAGAAAAGCAAUUGGAGCGAUCAGACUCGGAAAACAGCGUGAAUGAAAAAACAUCACUAAAAAACGAGAAAGAACUCGCCGAAGAGAGCGAUGAGGACAAAGACAGUAAAGAACCUUGCACUAAUGGAAUCAAGAAAACUGAAGAUAGUCGAAAUGAUGAAGAAAUUAAUGAAACAUGGCCACUUGUAAGUACACCUGAGGAAAACUUAUUAGAAGCCUUGAAGAAAGCAGACAAAGAAAAUGUUGUUUGAUACACAGCAACAUUGCGACGUCAUUUCUGGACAAUUCUCAUGUCUAACAGCAUCUGAGAUUUGUAAACUCGCUGACGAAUUACUCGGAAAUUUUAAAUGAUACGGAAUCUAUAUAUACUUUGCAUAAAAUAUAUUAUAAAGGGCUGGUUUUUAUAAGUCAUGUAAAUACAUAUUGGUCUGCAUGUCAUCAUUCGAUUUAUAAGGGUAUGAUGUCCUCCUGAGAUUGAUUGGAAAUUGUGUAAUAUGGCCAGGCUCGACAUAAGAUUGCUUCAAAACUUAUACGAAUAUUCAAUCCAUUAACCUUUUAUAUAUAAGUCAGAGAAACGACUGUUGUUGGCUAUGGAUAGAUACAUCAAUUAAUAUUAUGUUUAAUUAUUGCCUUAGUGCCAAUUUUUAAUACUUGAAGUUUUUGUUGGAAUUACUUUUUCUUUUUAUUAGUCAUUUAGUUUUAUGUAUUGUUUGCAAACGCACUGUAAUUCUCAACUAAUUUUCUUUAAAAACGUUGAAUUUAAUACAAAAUAACUAACUUUAUUGUUUUAUUAUGAAGUGAAAAAUUUUGUUCAUUGUG